GAGUUACUGGCCUGUUCACCUCACCAGAUGAUGAUGAGGGUGCGCGUGCGGGUGUGAGCCGGCAAGAGGCUGGCGGUGACUCACUACGUUGGUAUGAUGAGUCGUUGGCCGCGCGUGGGGUCAGUCGGGUCGCACGUAUGUCUCAUGAUAACGGACAUGGCGGUCCCAGUGAAGGUGAUGUGGGACAUAUUAGCUCUGGCAGAAGUAUCGGAAGCAGGGGAGGCUCCCGACGAUGUAGCCCAGCAAGCAGUAUUGCUGAUAGUGUCCAGUCAGCUGCCAGACUGGAGGAACUGUGAUUGAAAAUGGAAAUAAGGAAAAUGGAGAUAGAAGCAGAAGAGAGGCGAGAGUUAAAGAGACUAGCUGCUGAGGAAAGUGCUAGAGAGGCGGAGGAGAGACGAGAAAUUCAGAGACUAGCAGCAGAGAAGGAGGCUAGAGAGACGGAAAUGAUGAGAUUGGAGCUGGAAAGUGAAAAGACAGAUAAAGAUAGAGAGUUGGAGUGGGAGAGAACUCGCUAUGCUGUAAGUACGCCUGGAGUUAUUGGAGGUACAGGAGGAAAACAUAGUAUAGAGCGUACUUUAGUUCAAAGUCUCCAGCUAGUUCCUGAGUUUCAUAAGGCUAAAGUUGCUGAAUGGUUUGUUCGCUUUGAGAGGAAGGCCAGGGAGUUUGCUUGAGCUGCGUUUUUUAAUGCCCCUGCGGCUAGACCUCGCCUUAAGGCAGGCUUAAGCAGAAUCUGGGACAAUGGAAAACGGACCUGCUAGACCUUCGAUCACGUGACCAGUCACCAGCUGACAGAUGACAACAAUAAAGAUGGCGGACGAACAGGAAGUGCAAGAUAUGCUGCAGCUUUGUAACUUAUAUUUCCUCCCUGCAUCAACAGUCCAGUCCAUCAUGUGUCCAGACUUGCCAGAGAUACCAGAUGAUACUGAAACAGCAUUCAGUUUGGUGCAGAACUAUCAACAGCAGCUAAUGGAGCAUUCAUUCGUCAUGUCAGGAAGUACCAGACAGUCACACCCAAAACAGCAAGGCUUCAGUCAGCACCUGGAAGAGAAGGACAAUCUGGACUUCUUCCGGAAUCUGAGGGUGACAAAGGACACCUUUCAGCAAAUUUUGACUAUUGUGGAGAACUACAAACCAAUAUCUGACAAAGGGACUCCUCCUGUUUCUGCUAAGGAAUGUUUGCAGAUGGGCUUGUGGUUCUUAGGCAAUAAGGCUACUUAUCGGGAAAUGGCUGAGUUAUUUGGCCUAUCAGAAAGUACUGUGUUCAGUUCUGUGCAAUUGUUCAUAAACAUUAUUUGUAAUGUAGGAUAUAAUUACAUUAAAUGGCCAACCAUGACUGAAGCAAAAGAAAAUUCAACUAAAUUUAAAUUCAUGGCAGGGUUUCCUGGGGUUGUUGGUGCUUUGGAUGGGUGCCACAUACAAAUAAAAGCACCAACAGAGGCCCAAGCUGACUACAUUAACAGAACCAACAGACAUAGUGUAAAUUUGAUGGCAGUGUGCAAUUCUGAAUUAUUAUUUACUUUCAUUGAUGUAGGUUUUCCUGGUUCUGCUCAUGACAGUAGAGUUUUUAAGAAUACUGAACUAUACAGUGUGAUGUCUAAUUCCCCUUUAAAUAUCUUUCCCUCAAUUAAUUAUCACAUUAUUGGUGACUCUGCCUUCCAACGCUCCGAUCAUCUUUUGACUCCAUUCAGAGACACUGGUAGAUUAACGCAGCAGCAGAAGAACUUUAAUAGGAAACUGUCCCAAACCAGACAUGUAAUUGAAAAUGCGUUUGGCUACCUAAAAGGCAGGUUCAGGCGUUUAAAGUAUGUUGAUGCAGACAUUGAUAGAAUACCCAAGAUAAUUAAAGCUGCAUGCAUUUUGCACAAUAUCACACUGCAAAACCCUGAAGAAGAAAGCAUACUGAUAAGGGAUGGGAUAGAGAUUGAUCCUGAAGAUCACCAUGAUGUUGCUGCAGAAAUAAAUCUCCCUGACAUAGGUGGGAUGGAGAAAAGUAACUUCAUUGCUAUGCAGCUCUAAUUGAGUGAGUUGGUUGGCAGAGGAUAUUUCAAUGUAAACAAAUAUAUACAUAUUUAGUCUAUUAUUUUGUUUAGUAUAAAAUAUAUAAAAAAAACAAUUUAAAUCAAAUAAAUCCAAUUUAAAUAAAAAAAAAUCUGAUUUAUUUGAUUUUUUUAAUGAUACAAAAAAAAAUCAACAACCCUGUUUACACUGUUGCAUAACUUUAAGCUUUUGUAACAUUAUUAUUUACAGUUCUUAUGCCACGUCCACACGGUCAAGCACUGCUCGGAAGUCUGGGUAUGGUGUGACGUCAGAAAUGGAGAAAUAUACAUCAGAAAUGUAAAACUCUUGCUAUUUCUCCAUUUCUGACAUCACAACGGCACAGACUGCUCAGCAAUGCUCGACCGUGUUGACGUGGCAUUAUUUAUCAUAUAAAAAUAAUUGAAAGAUUUUCACACAUUUACAAACAAAUAUAUUUUGUACUUUGGCUAUUUGUACUAAAAUUUACUUAAA